CACUUCCGGGUCGUUGACUUCCGGUCGCCAUCUUCCUCGCGCUAGGCUCCGCCGCUAACGGAUAGAAGGAUCCGGUGCGUAGGAGCAGAGCUACCGCCGAUAUGCCGGUGUUGCCGCUGCGAGUGGCUGUGGUGUGUUCGAGCAACCAGAACCGGAGCAUGGAAGCGCACAGCAUCCUUAGCAAACGAGGAUUCAGUGUCCGGUCCUUUGGCACAGGGACCCAUGUGAAGCUUCCAGGACCAGCACCGGACAAGCCCAAUGUUUAUGAUUUCAGAACCACAUAUGAUCAGAUGUACAACGAUCUUAUUAAGAAAGACAAAGAGCUUUAUACACAGAAUGGCAUUUUACAUAUGUUGGACAGAAAUAAGAGAAUCAAGCCCCGGCCAGAGAGGUUCCAAAACUGCAAAGAUCUGUUUGAUUUGAUUCUCACUUGUGAAGAGAGAGUCUACGACCAGGUAGUGGAAGACCUGAAUUCCAGAGAACAGGAAACCUUCCAGCCGGUACAUGUCGUCAAUGUGGACAUCCAGGACAACCACGAAGAGGCCACCCUGGGAGCGUUCCUCAUCUGUGAGCUGUGCCAGUGUAUCCAGCAUACAGAGGAUAUGGAGAACGAGAUCGAUGAGCUGCUGCAGGAGUUUGAGGAGAAAAGCGGCAGAACCUUCCUGCACACGGUGUGCUUCUACUAACCCCCAGGCCUGCCCUCUGGAAGCCAGAAGCAUCUUCCUCAGCCUCCUUUUGUUAAUGUUUUCAUCUGAUGGUUAUUUUUACUUUUACGUAUUCUGUGGUGGACAGUAGUAUUAUCCAGUAAACUACUAAAUGAGAAGAUACACAUAAAUGCCAGAUUAAAAACAGUCCGGCUUUUUCUAUCCUACUUUUAUUUAUGAAUAAGAUAUUGGUUAUAGUUUUCUUUUAUCAAUAAAGAAAUAAAAUGGUUUAUAGUU